CGGGGCGCGGGCAGCAUCGCGGCCUGGGCGAUACUGACCCUUGCGGAGCCGGGCUGAAGGCGGACGCCGAGGCGGUGCCGGGCCCUGCAGCAGCCGCAGCCGCCACAGCGCGAGCGAGCGCGGGAGCCUCCGGGCCACCGUCCGCCCGCGCCGCCACCGCCGUCGGGAGCCGGAGCGGGCGGAAGACAACGGAGGGGCCGAGCGCCCGAACCGCACCGCGGGCACAGAGCGAGCAGCCCGAGGCGGCGGUGGCCGCCGACGACGGGGACGGCGACGACGCGGAGGCCGAGAGGGAGCCGCCCGGCCCGGCCCAGCCCCGUCACGUAGGCAGAGCGCCGUGUAGGCCUCUGUCGCUGCCGCCAUGCCGUUCCCAUUUGGGAAGUCUCACAAGUCACCAGCAGACAUUGUGAAGAACCUGAAGGAGAGCAUGGCCGUGCUCGAGAAGCAGGACAUCUCUGACAAGAAGGCAGAGAAGGCUACAGAAGAAGUUUCCAAAAAUCUGGUUGCCAUGAAAGAAAUUCUGUAUGGCACAAAUGAAAAAGAACCGCAGACAGAAGCAGUGGCACAGCUGGCACAAGAGCUAUAUAAUAGUGGACUCCUUAGCACCCUGGUAGCUGAUUUACAGCUCAUUGACUUUGAGGGCAAAAAAGACGUGGCUCAAAUUUUCAACAAUAUUCUCAGAAGACAAAUUGGCACAAGAACUCCUACUGUUGAAUACAUCUGCACCCAACAGAAUAUUUUGUUCAUGUUAUUGAAAGGGUAUGAAUCUCCAGAAAUAGCUCUGAACUGUGGGAUAAUGCUAAGAGAAUGCAUCAGACACGAACCGCUUGCAAAAAUCAUUUUGUGGUCUGAACAGUUUUACGAUUUCUUCAGAUAUGUCGAAAUGUCAACAUUUGACAUAGCUUCGGAUGCAUUUGCCACAUUCAAGGAUUUACUAACAAGACAUAAAUUGCUCAGUGCAGAAUUUUUGGAACAGCAUUAUGAUAGAUUUUUCAGUGAAUAUGAGAAGUUACUUCAUUCAGAAAAUUAUGUGACAAAGAGACAGUCACUCAAGCUUCUCGGUGAACUACUGUUAGAUAGACACAACUUUACAAUUAUGACAAAAUACAUCAGUAAACCUGAGAACCUCAAGCUAAUGAUGAACCUCCUACGAGACAAGAGCCGCAACAUCCAGUUUGAGGCCUUCCACGUGUUUAAGGUGUUUGUCGCCAAUCCUAACAAGACGCAGCCCAUCCUGGACAUCCUCCUCAAGAACCAGACCAAACUCAUCGAGUUCCUCAGCAAGUUCCAGAACGACAGGACCGAGGACGAGCAGUUCAACGACGAGAAGACCUACUUAGUCAAGCAGAUCAGGGAUUUGAAGAGACCGGCCCAGCAAGAAGCCUAACUUCCGGUCCCCCGCAGUGAAUGCGAGGUCAGCGUGUGCAGUUAGCUCUUCCGCAUCAGGCACUCUUCCCGACCCCUGAGGCAACACCACUGCUAAUCUGCUGUUCAGUGAACGGUUUUCAUUUGGCCUUUUGUUUUUAGUCCAGGUUGGAGAGCGAGGCUGCUGCUUGCACGCUCAAGCACUCGGGGCUUUGCCUUCAUCUUCGUGUCCUUUCAGAAUUCAGACUCCCGCGCUGUCGGAGUGCGCAUGAGCACGGCCGGGGCCCUGACGGCGAGCACAGACACAGUGUGGGCAGGGGAGCGGGCACCACGCUGGCUCCUGGACCUGCCUGUCGCCAUGUCCCCGGAGCACAGGCAGCGCGGCCUCCCUUCCCGUCGGGGGGCGUUGGGGAGGGGCGCGGGCGGGCGGACAGCCCACCAGGCCCGGGGGGGUGUACAUAAGCUUCAUCCGGCUUUCUAGGGGUCCCGGCGCUUGAUUCCUUGAGACUUGUGAACCUGACUGUGCUGAAGGGUACCUGUUGAUUUUACUUUUUGAAGGGAUUUUAAAACAGUAGAGCUAGCAACGACACCUUGCAUUUCAGUUCCUCACCGCUCACAGGUUUCUUUUGUAUAUACUUCUUAGAAUGGUCAUUUCUUUUAAAUGGUUUAAUUUGUACAGCAGAGGAAUGUUAUUGUAGUAUGUAACUAUUACCUAAUACUGAGUUUUUGCAAAAAAAAAAUGAAUGCGCAUAUGUAAUUGAAAUAUUUCAGAUCACAUGAAAAUGCUGAUUUAACAUUUAAAUAUCACAGCAUUAAAAGGAAAAAAUUAAUGAACCAAUCCUUUGUAUCUAGUUCCGUAAUGGGGUGCCAUCAAGAGGCCGAGCUCUGGGCCGGGCACUGGGUCAGUUCCCGUCCUGCGUCCUGCCGGCCUCAUUCGUCCACAGGAGCCAUGACUUGGCCGGGUCUGAGUCGGGGCCUCUGCCGGUGCUGACGCCUCACGUGGCCAGGCCUCCGGGCACCUGCUCUCCUCAAGCGAGUGGCCCAGGGCAGUGGUUGGAAAACUUACUAAACGUAGCUUUGGCCUCUCUUAGGAAAAGAAGAGUUCUAGUUAUAGGUGUCCUACGGGGAACGUUAUUUUUUUUAAGUCCUGUUCCUUAAUGCUGCAAAUGAUCAGUAUUUAUAAAGUAACUGAUUUUGCACCACUUUUGUUACUGUGACCAUGGCAGAACAAUGUCUCCUAGACUCUGAUCUAUGAAGUUGUCCCGGUGGAGUCUGUUCAUCUUAGUGCUACAGAGAGCACAUCUAACAACGUACCAGUCCGAGUUCACCAGGUGGAACUCAGCAUGGCUGUAGCUGAUUAAGAAAUUUAUAUAAUUACUCUUUGCUCGCCUCUCUUACUAAUUGGACGAUUGAUCAGCCAGUCAAAGGGGCCUCCCAAUCAAAGUUUGAGCAGGUUUUAAGUCUCUAAAAACACCAGGUAGGAAAACAGCUCCCGAAAUAUCAGCAUAUUUAACUCACUCACACAGCGUUCUUACUAGCAUUGGUUUUCCCAAAAUCAUCUUCUUGGUCAGGAGACCCCGGAAUGUUUAUUAGGAAGACAACGUGGCUCUGCCGGGGUGCCGAGGCUGGCAUGGGCAUGUGCUGUGCCCCCUGGCUGAUGGCAGAAGGGUCCUUACCAAACCGGCUCUUAGAACAUCAGGUGGCACAGCAGCUGCUGUGCUAGUGGCUGUGUCGGCACCAGGCCUUUCCUGCGGAGGCAGCGGGGCGGCCACGCUCUAUCGAAACAGUGUGGAAAUAUCCAAGUUGAACAGCUGCAUUUGAUGGUAGGAUCAUUUAAGAUACUCAUAUACCAAAACUAUGAAACUAGAAGUGGUUUCUUUGCGUUAUAAAGAUUUCCUUUUCCAUAUGGCAGUUACCUAAGGUGAUUUUAACCCUCUGAGAACACGUGGAGGUGUGUGCAGUUGUGAGCAAUGCCAUGAACACAUUUCCUUUCUCCUGAGGAAAAGUCAAUUUCUUGAGAAUAUCUGGCUGGCCCUGUAAUUUAAAUUAAAAUAAAGUUUUGGAGAAACAGAA